AUGUCGCGGCAGAUCGGCCACGAAGCUUUGGAUGCAUUCUCGCUGACAGCUCACUUCUCAUCGAGCCCGAACGAAGCUUAUUGCACAAUUGCAACUCUAACUGGAUUGGAUGCCUCGGAUUCUGGAGAAGGCCUUCUCGCCGACAAUUACGUUCACGGGCUCCUCGACAUGGCCGACCACCAGGCCAUAGACGGCGAGGGAGCCUAUCAAAACCCAAAUAUGCCUGAGAGGCUCGCAGAGCCGAAGUGGCACCCGAGCUUACUACUCGAGAAUCGCAUGACUUACCCCCUUUUGACCGACACGGUGGCCCUGGUGAGCGAUCAGACCUCUUUAGAGACGAAGAAGUUGAUGUUCUCUGUGAUUGUUGACAAAAUCCUUCCAUAUCGAUAUGGCGACGGUGCACGUUCUUUCCCCUGCGUGGCGUUCUACGAAACGCUUCUUUACAACGAGGCGAGCCGUGACGUCAAGAAGUUCGGUGCAGAGUGUGCAGCUUGGUUUGGCCAACUGACAGUAGGCGAGGCCGACCACUACUCGGCUACGAUCACUGAAUAUCACCAAUCGCUGCGCUGGGCUGUAUCUACCUGCCAGCAGAAGGUUACAGCGAGCGAGAAGAAGAAGACGCGGAAGUCAGCCAAGACCUCUUGUGUCACUGACCAUCAUAAUCAAUUGCUCAAAACCGAACUUAAGAAGCCCCUGACAAUUGGGUACGAUGCGCUGAUCGACGACCUCGAGGAGGCUUCGAUAUUGGAUAGAGCGUAUUUGCAGCACUUGCGCCAAACCUCCACGGCCCACGUUGAGGAUCCUUCUUGGCCCUCGACAAAGGAAAAGCGCCGCGCGUAUGUGAAGCAGAUGUGCGGGGCCAUUUUCGACAUGGGAGACUUUCAGGAGAAAAAGGCCGCGUUGGGAAAGUUGGCGAAGCUAGAGGCCAAGCACGGCAACACUAAUGAAGCUGAUGCCAGGGAUGAGGCCGGUUCCUCACGAAAGCGAAAGCUGGGCCAGGAAAUGCCGAAGAAGAUCCCAGGGCUUAGCACAUUCGAUGCUGUCUUUGAGGAGCGUUGGGAUCAAAUCUGCUUCAACAUGCGGCAUCAUAAGGUUACCAUUCACUCUGCUUUACGCGGAGAUUGGUUGAGCAGACUCGCAGCUGGCCCUGUUGGCGAGCGAAAGAUGAAACAGGGAAACAAGUCGGUCAAUAGCACCCGCGAUGUGCAAAAUGAGCUCGGUCGCGCGGAGCUGAAGCGUCAGAAGACCGGUGCGAGCCCUCAGUCCAAUACCAAUUGA